AUGAAAUAGAAAGAGAAAGAAGGUUCGAAUGAAAAUCUUAGAGUUGUAAUUAGGGUUCGUCCUCCUAUGGCUAGAGAGAUUAAGGAUGGCAAAUUCAUAUCGACUGUACAAGUGGCUCCGGAUAAUCAAUAACUUUGCAUUUUCGAUUAUCAUGCAAUAGAGUUAGUGCCAGAUGAGGAAUUGGAGGCAUUUGUAUAAAACCCAGCUAAUUACACCAUUCAUUAAUUUACAUUUGAUUAUGUAUAUGAUUAAGAAAGCACUUAAGUGGAAGUCUACGAAACCACUGCCGCGUUGUCAGUUGAUUCGACACUUCAAGGAUAUAAUUCAACGAUUAUUGCAUAUGGUUAAACAGGAACUGGCAAAACAUACACAAUGCACGGAUUCUCUUUCACUCCAAACUCUGAUCAAUUGGGUAUCAUCCCAAGAUCACUGCAUAACAUCUUUACACAUAUACAGAUGAAAUCUAAUUCGAUGACAACAUUUAUGGUGAGGGCAUCAUAUUUAUAAAUUUACAAUGAAUCUAUAAGUGAUCUCCUAAGACCAGAUCAUUAGCAAUUGAAUAUCAGAGAAGAUAAGAAAAGAGGAGUUUUUGUUGAGAAUCUAUCAGAAUGGGCAGUACGUUCUCCCCCAGAAAUAUAUCAAUUGAUGAGACGAGGUAAUGCCAAGAGAGUAACAGCAAGCACGAGAAUGAACGACACAUCAUCGCGAAGUCAUGCAGUUUUUAUCAUCACUGUUGAGUAAAUUGAGGAAACUCCUGAUGGAAAGAGAGCAAGAGUUGGAAAACUAAAUUUAGUAGAUUUGGCAGGCAGUGAAAGAGUUAGAGUCACUGGUGCAACUGGUAUCAGAUUAGAGGAGUCUAAAAAGAUUAAUUAAUCCUUGUCUGCCUUAGGAAAUGUCAUUUCGGCUUUGACUGAAUUAAAACAACCAAAAUCGCAUAUUCCAUAUAGAGAUUCUAAAAUAACUAGAUUAUUGGAGGACUCUUUGGGAGGUAAUUGUAAAACAACAUUUAUGGCAAUGAUAUCACCAGCUAUCGAAGCUUUUAGUGAAUCUCUCUCCACUUUGAAAUUUGCAAACAGAGCUAAAAAUAUUAGAAACACUCCUAUGGUCAAUUAGGAUCAAGAUCAAGGAGCCUUACUUAGAAAAUAUUAAUUAGAAAUCUAAAAAUUAAAAUAAGAGUUGGAUGAAAGAAGCAAAAUGCCAAUUGAUUCUAUGGUGGCUGAAUUAGAAAAAGAACGAUAAAAGGCUCUAGAAGACAAACAAGAAGUUAUGAGUGCAUAUGAAUAAAGAAACAGAGAUCUGGUUUAGGAAAGAGAAAUGAGAAAACAAUUGGAAGAAAAGAUAUCAGCCUUGAAUUCACAAAUGCUUGUUGGAGGGUAGAAGAUUGAAGAAACACCUUAGUUUUAAAAUGCUCUUGAAAAACAGCAAAAGAUCAUACGACAACAAUACUAGGAGAAAUUGUAGGAGUUGGAAAAAGAAAGAUAGAAUAUAGAAGAAGAUAAGGCUUAAACAGACAAAUACAAAUAAUUAUUACUAAAACAAAGAGAUAUAAUGAUUGCCUUAACUAAUAGAUUGAAUGAAAGAGAUGAGACAAUUCUACAAUUAUAAGAGGAACUUGAUGCCUAUGAGAAAUUGCAAAAAGAACUUGAAGAUAUCAACUAAACUAAGGAGUCUAGAAUCCAAUAGUUGGUGGAACUUCUAAAGUAAAAGGAUGUUGAAAUCCCAAUGAAUUUAGAUUUACCUGCCAAUUCUAUUAUCAAUAAUGCAAAAUAACAACUAUUAUUAGCUGAAAUGCCUUCUUCAAAAAUGAUUUUAGUUGCUGAUCCCUCAUCAAAUAGUUAUAUUCAAACACUCCCUUAAUAAGGUUCUUAUCAUCAUUCUUCUGAAGCAGUCACUCAGUAUGAACUCAAAAACUAAAUUGAUAUCAAUAAAAAACUAGAACUUGAUUUAAAGAUUAGCAGAAUGGAGUAAGAAAGAUAGAAAAAAGAGUUAGGUUCAUUAUAGGAACAGAUUCAGAAAUAUGAAAAUGAUACCACCACUGAUUAAGCUAAAAAAUCUGUUGAUUUGAUAUUGAAUUAACUCACCAAGCCUGCCAAUGGAAACUCGCUAGCCACUGUGGCUUAAGAACUACAAAGGCUGCAAAAGAUUCUUUCUGAGAAAGAAGGAUCCCCUAAGAAGGCAGUUCAAAAGUUUUAACAGGAAACCUCCAAUCUCAAGCAAUAAGAGAUUAUAAACAAAUUAAUUAUUAAACCUAGCAAAUCUAAUAAUUAGCUUAAUCCUCCUCAAUCUAAAAAAUACAAAUAGAAAUCUGUUGAAGAGUUAUGGAAUUGA